GGCGUGCGAGGCAGACCGCGCGAGCGGGAGCGAGCGAGCGGGCGCCGCCGGAGCCCGCAGCCCUGGCGUCCGUCGCCGCCGGGAGCCCCGCAAUAUGCCGCCGCUGCCCUCUGGCUCUCGGCCAUGGCGAGGCUCAGCCGGCGCGUCUCUUGUACCCUGCUGCUCGGCCUGGCCGCGGUGCUGCUGAAGGCGCGGCUGGUCCCCGCGGCCGCUCGAGCCGAGCUCGGCCGAUCCGACCUCAGCCUCAUCCAGCAGCAGCAGCAGCAAAGGCAGCGGGAGGAGGCUGAGGAGGAGAGGCCAGAGGUGCCGGGGGCAUCCUCCACCCUCACUGUUCCAGCGUCUGUAUUUAUGCUGAAAGUACAGGUGAAUGACAUCAUCAGUCGUCAGUACCUGAGUCAAGCAGUUGUAGAAGUGUUUGUAAACUACACGAAAACAAAUUCCACAGUAACUAAGAACAAUGGAGCAGUGUUGAUAAAAGUACCCUAUAAAUUAGGGCUCAGCUUAACCAUUGUUGCUUACAAGGAUGGCUACGUGUUGACACCUCUGCCUUGGAAGACUGGAAAAAUGCCAAUAUAUUCAUCAGUUACACUUUCGCUGUUCCCGCAAAGCCAAGCAAAUAUAUGGCUAUUUGAAGACACUGUUUUAAUUACUGGAAAAUUAGCUGAUGCCAAAUCUCAACCAAGUGUUCAGUUUUCAAAAGCCUUAAUUAAACUACCUGACAACCAUCAUAUUAGCAACGUAACAGGCUAUCUUACAGUUCUACAACAAUUUUUGAAAGUGGACAAUUUCCUGUAUACAACUGGAAUUAUGCUCAAUAAAUCAGGUUUUGAAAGUACUGAAUUGACUCCUCUUGCUGCAAUAUGCGUGAAAAUAUAUUCUGGAGGAAAAGAAUUAAAGGUGGAUGGCUCUAUUCAAGUUUCUCUUCCCCUUAUACAUACAAAUGAUGUAAGUGCAGGGGAUCAGAUACCUGCCUGGACAUUUGAUAUGAACAUAGGUGCUUGGGUAAAUCAUGGCCAGGGAAUGGUCAAGGAACAUAACAAUCACUUCGUCUGGACAUAUGAUGCACCACGUUUGGGCUACUGGAUAGCUGCUCCACUUCCAGGAACUAGAGGUUCAGGUAUAAAUGGAGACUCAAGGGAUAUAACUGCCUACCACACAGUGUUUCUUACAGCCAUAUUAGGAGGAACAAUAGUCAUUGUCAUUGGAUUUUUUGCUGUGCUUCUUUGUUAUUGCAGGGACAAGUGUGGUACUCCGCAGAAGAGAGAAAGAAAUAUCACUAAACUCGAGGUCCUCAAGAGAGACCAGACAACUUCAACAACACACAUAAACCACAUCAGUUCAGUCAAAGUUGCAUUAAAAGCCGAGGACAAGUCACAGUUAUUUAAUGCCAAAAACUCCUCAUAUAGCCCUCAGAAAAAGGAACCAUCAAAGGCAGAAGCAGAAGAAAGAGUUUCCAUGGUAAAAACUCGGGACAGUUUUAAAGUCUACAAUGAAGAGGUUUCAUUUCUAUCAGCCAAUCCAAAUAAUUACUCAAGAAACCCAACACAGUCUUUGGAGCCCAAUGUAGGGUCCAAACAACCUAAACACAUUAACAACAAACCAUCUUCAUCUCUAGGUGAUGCACAAGAGGAAAAGAGGUAUCUCACAGGUAACGAAGAGGUAUAUGGACAUUCCCACAUUCCUGAACAGCUUAUGCACAUCUAUAGCCAGCCCAUCGCCAUCCUUCAAACAUCUGACCUUUUCUCCACUCCAGAGCAGUUACAUGCUGCUAAGUCAGCUACUUUGCCAAGAAAGGGACAGUUAGUCUAUGGCCAAUUGAUGGAACCAGUUAGUAGAGAGAACUUUACACAGACGUUGCCCAAAAUGCCAGUGCAUUCUCACACACAGCCCCCAGAUGCGAGGGAAGAGAAUAUUCCACUCGAAGGUCAACAGAGCCUGCCAUCCCAAACUUCAGACUGGAGCCGGUAUUCAAACAGCUUACUAGAAUCUGUUUCUGUUCCUGGAACACUAAAUGAAGCUGUUGUAAUGACUCCCUUUUCAUCAGAGCUUCAAGGAAUUUCAGAACAGACCCUCCUGGAGUUGUCCAAAGGAAAGCCUUCCCCCCAUCCCAGAGCAUGGUUUGUAUCUCUUGAUGGAAAACCAGUCGCACAAGUGAGACAUUCCUUCAUAGACCUGAAAAAGGGCAAGAGAGCCCAGAGCAAUGACACGAGUUUGGACUCUGGGGUGGACAUGAAUGAGCACCACUCAAGUAGAAAACUCGAGAGGGAGAAAACUUUCAUCAAAAGCAUGCAUCAGCCUAAGAUCCUUUACUUAGAAGAUUUAGACCUGAGCAGCAGUGAGAGUGGAACCACUGUCUGCUCCCCCGAGGACCCAGCUUUAAGACACAUUCUAGAUGGAGGGAGUGGAGCUAUCAUGGAACACCCUGGGGAAGAGUCUCCAGGAAGAAAAAGCACUGUUGAAGAUUUUGAAGCCAAUAUGUCCCCCACUAAAAAAAGGGGCAGACCACCACUAGCCAAAAAAGAUAGCAAGACUAGUAUCUGGAAGAAGCGAGAGGAACGUCCACUGAUUCCCAUAAAUUAACAUCAAGGGUGGUUGUGUCUCUGCUCUCUCGUGUUGUUUAUUCUUGCUUCGUGUAAAUUGCUGUAUGAACUUUCUAAGAAGUUGAGACUGAGCAAUCUCAUGGUCCCUGGACAUGUCUCAAGCAGAGUAAAUAGUAAAAUGGCAAUUCACUAACAAAAGAGAAAGAUACCAAGGAAUGCUUUUUCUGGCCUAUUCUUUUCAUUUAUUUUUGGGUGAUGAAUUUGAAGUAUCCAAGAGUUCAAAAUGUAAAAUAGUUUCAAGAUGUAAUUUAUCUGAAAAUGUUCAGCCACUUUAGUCCUCUCUAAAGAACAACAGUGAAAUGUGUACUCCUAAAGUUGCUUUCAAAAAAUGUUGCUUCUGCUUUGAUGACUGCCCCUGUGAAACAUUUAGGAAUGAAACUGUAUUGUUCAGGCAUCAUAGUCUUGUGAAAUGUUACUAUUAUGUUCUCCUCUGCCUGUCCCUGAAAAUAAGGACAAAUAUAGGGAAUUGAUGUUAUUCUAGAACAUAAAGGCCAAACAAUAUUUUCUUUUUUUGCAGUCAACAGCAUGUGUACUGUGUCAACCCAAAAAUAAAUCUU